CAGGGCUAUAUAGAGACCCUGUCUCAAAAAACGAAACAAACAAAUCAAUUAAAGGCUGAUUGUGGUAGCCUGUACUGUAAUCCUGGCACUUAGGAAGUGGGCCACAUAACGAGUUCUAGGCCAUCCAGGGUUACAUAGUCAUUUUCAGGUCAGCUAGGGCUCCAUAUUGAAAACCUGUCAAAAAAGAGUUAACUAAAGAUGGAGGCAUGUUCCCGUGUUCUACAUGCCUGUGGACUAUUACUCAGGAAGCCGAGGCAGGAGGAUUAAGAAUUGGAGGUCAGGCUAAGCUGUAUUUCAUGUUUCUUUGCUUGAUUUUGGAAGAGAGGCUCUUCUCUGUAGCCUCAAAGUAUUGAUUCCCGUCUCAGCCUCAUUAUAGGUGAGGGCUGUUUGAAACUGUUGGAAAGCAGGAAACAGGGCUCAAUAGCUGAGUCUCCUGAGCCCAGCAGCUCUGUGGCCCCUGGAGGGAGUCAUCACCUGUGUCUGGAAUCACUUGUCACACUGGUCUGCCUGGGCUCCUGCUGGUGAACCAGCAUCCUUCUCACACCUCUGUCUGCCACCACAGUGUUGGUCUGCGAGUUCCUAGGUUAAGUCAGAUGCCUGGAAGAAGAGCCGUUUACCCAUGGCCCUGAAAAGCCUCUUAGAGGCCUGACAACCAUGGCAUGCCUUCUCCUUGGUUAUUCUUGGACUCCCCUGGGGCCCUCUUACCUCCUCUGCCAGUCCCCACAAGGAGUCAGGCUUUGCUCUUCCUGUGUCAUGGCUGAGGUAUAGGACUCAGCCCAUAACCGAGGACCUUGGCCUGCUGUCUCUGUCUGCUUCCCCUUGCAGCUAAGGCCUGGUCUUCCCGGAACUUCCUUUCUAGCUAAUAGCCAGGGACCAGGGAUUUGAGACUGAACUGGGCUCAGGAUUCUUGUCACCUUGUGGGGCAGAUGAGGUCAAACCUAGGGCUUGAGACAGUGAUGUAAGGCCUAGAAACCCAGCGUGUGGGGGCGGGGAACGGAGGGACACAGGGUGGAACCCCACGGUGUUCUGUCUAGUCUGGAGAUUGCUCAGGGCUGUGAUGGACCAUGGUGGCAGAAUAGCUGAGGCUCUUGAUUCUGGUGACAGUAGAGACAGAAAAUGCUCGGCCUCAGGAAGGAAACUUGUUAGUCCAGGUUCCCCACACUGAGCAAACUGCUUCAGCCCAAUUGUAGUUGCUUUCAAAAGAGGUGGAAAAUGGGGUGGGUAGCCAGUCUCCUGAGGACUCCCCAACCACAGUGUUCUUGGUUCCUUAGGUCGUUUUCUCCUUGUUUUUCAUGUGGUUUGACCCUAAAUGGAUGAUAGCCACCCUUUGAGGAAGGUGGCGAGGUCAUGGGGGGGGGCAAAUCCAAGAUGGAAUGGAAUUGUAAUGUAAGUUACUCCCUUUCUCUUCUCAACUCAGCCUUCGUAACGGCGUCAUGAGAUGCCUUUCCUCUUCAUGCAGAGAAAUAUCCCCAGGUGUUUUGAACUCUGUGGUUCUUAGCAGAGAGCUAGGGAAUAGAGAGGUGCUUUCUAGAAAGUGCUUUUGGAUUCAGUCUCUUUACCUCCUUACCGGCAUGCAUGUGUGCACACAUCCAGGUGGCUCUUCUGAGUAGAGCUUAUGUCAUAGGUCACCACCACAAACUAUCCCUGCAGUCAUCGUAACAAACCACAAGGCCCAAGGUUAUGAGUUCUUCUCCUUUCCACAGAGCGCGGUGUCCAGACCUGUGGUUACCAGAGGCACGAGGCACGGAAGGUCUCACUGCUUGAAAGCGUGAAGGCAAGGGCAGGGGGAAAGUGCGAGUUAAUUCCCAGGAUGCAGGGACCUCUGGCUGGGCCUGACAGCCUAUUUCUGUUGCUGUGGUAAAUACCAUGACCAAAAGCAACAUGGAGGAGGCAAGGGUUUAUAUGGCUUACGGUUCCACAUCAUAGUGCAUCCAUCAUUGAGGGAAGUCAGGGAAGGAGUUCAAGCAGAAACCCAGAGGUAGAAACCAUGGAGGAUGUUGCUUACCGUCUUGUUCUCUAUGCCUCUCUCAGCUACCUUCCUUGUGCAACUCAGGGCCACCUGCCCAGGGGUGGCGGCACUGCUCUCCUCCAUCAAUUAGUGAUUAAAAAAACAACAAAACAAAACAAAGAAUACCUCACAGACAUACCCUCGGGCCGGUCUGACGGGGGUGUUCAGCUGAGGUGGCCCCCUUCCCAGGUAUGUUGACAACCAAAAGUAGCUGUUAUACAUGAAACUCACUAAGAGUCAGUGCAGAAACCUCUCAGGACCCGGGCCCCCAGAAGAAAGGGGGUCCCAAGACAUCCAGAAUGAAGAUUAUUCGGAAGAGGAGGUAACCUCUGGGAUAGGUGUUCCUUGGGGAUCACAAGCCUUUUGAAAUAGUCAUGUCUUAGGCAGGGAGUCCAGAGAGGAUCCUUGUGUGUGAUCAGCACCAAAGGGCCUCCUGUACCUUAAAAGAUGUUGUAGUGCAGGUGAUGAUGACUGAUAAACGCCACCAUCCAUACCAUAAUUAAUGCUAUGCUAAGGUGUGGGGACACUCAGUGCAUGAGAAGUGAGGAGAGCGGAUAGCAUCAGCCCCGUCCCGACAUGGGUUGGGCAGACCUCCAAAGAUGGCUGGAUUAAUGGGUGGGGCAGCAUGUCCGUACCAGGCAUGAGUCCCUCCCACCUGGAGCCGAGUACAGGCCCAGAAAGCAGCACCCAUCUCCUUCAGGAAGUGGCCUUGUGCACUAGGUCCGGUCUGAGGAGCACAGCCGCUAAAUGCUGUAAAUGCUGCCUGUGGAAAGUCCUCAGUUUCCUCGAUCCUUGGGGUAGGGGGAGGUGUUCAGUGUUUACUAUGAACAGGUGAGGUGUCUUGAGCACUUAACGCCUGGAGGCAGCCAUUUCCAAAGAAAAGAUUCCUAACCCAGGUUCUCUCAGAAAGGCUUAGUGACCCUUUUUUCUUAGACAGUCAAGUUGGCAAGACACGGAACGGGGCAGCUGGAGUAGAGGGCCCUAUCCUGGGGCCCUUGGGGUGUGUCUCCCCUACUUCACAGCUCCUACCGGGUCUCUCCUGACCUGUGGCCGCAGCCCAGGCCUUUUCCAGUGAGACCAUUCCUGUUCUAGACAUUUACCUUCUGCUUCUCCGGGCCUGCUCUCCCCAGCUCUCUCCUGCCCUCCCCAUCCACACGCUCCCACUUCUGGCCCUGUGCACCUCCCAGCCUGCUUCCCCCCCUCAGACUGUUGGGAAUGUGCUUUGGCUGCCCAGGGAAGAUAGUAUCUGACCACAUGAGGGAGGGCUGAGGGCACUGUUGGGUGAGCUGGGGCUUCCUGGAGUUCAUCUUGUGCACCUUGCCCAAGCGCCGGAGUGGCUAGCUGACCCACUCAGUAGCUGGCUGCAAAGGCUGGAGAUCCCACCAGCCGGCCUGGAGUGGCAGGGAGCUCGCCCUCCCCAGGGGCAGUAGCCCUCCUCCCUUGCCCUGCCCCAGACACACCUUCACCUUUCUGAUUUCUACAAAUGGCUCCCGGGUAAGUCGGGGAACCCACUUUCUCUGGGUGCUCCCUGCUGUCCUGGAACAUCUCUGCUGUUACUCACACUUCCCGGAAGACUGGGUUACGGUGGGCUUCCUGUUGCUGCCUAGGUCUAGAAUUGAAGCCUGAAGCUGUCCUUUCUCUGACUCCCUACGGGGGCUCACUGGACCUACCUAGUUAUGUAGUGACUCCGCAUGGCACGAAGAACUGAAAGGCCAGAGGACCUUAGCUCAGCUGUCCCGAAGCUUGGGACGGCAGGAUGUACAAAAACAGAGAAAAGCCAGUGGUAGCAACAUGUGACCCGUGCUAAAUGAGAGAACCCUGACCUGUGGAGUUUAUCCUGCUGCUCCAAAUCACUGAUGAACCUCACCUGUGUGAACCAUCCAGGCCACUGAGGAACAAUACCAAGAUUUCCCCGUGAUUCUGAGUUUAUUGAGUGUCUGCCUUAUGCCAGGCUACACUAUUCUAAGUCCUGGGAUGGUGAGCAAUGGCAAACCAAAGCCAACCUUUGGGGCUUAACCCAGGCAUAGUCCUUCCCGUGGACAGCUUACAAUGCUGUGUGCGGCCAGCAUGGAGUCCAGGAGGAAGAGGUGCUGCACGCUGGGCUUUGAGCAGUUAGUGAGGUUCGGGAAACAGAAUGUAGGGGUGAGGAGACAUUGUGAACCAAAGACCAGGGGGAAAAGGUUCUGGUUUAUUAUGGGAUAAAAGGCACUGCCUGAGUUGGUGGCUUUGUUCCCAUGAAGGAGACCAAGUUGAGGUAGGUGUUCAUGGGAAAAUGCCUGAUGGAGGCUUCCCAGAGAUCUUUAACCACUCCUGUACCUUGUCAUAGGGCUAGCCCCCGCCAAAUGCUAAGCCACCCUGACAGGCAUUCCCAAAGUUCUGAACAGAGGCUGUCCUCUGUUCCUGGCAUCCCUUUGCGCUGGCGGUGGUAACGCUCAGUGAAGAAUGGUGGCAGCUUGUAGAGGCUGCUUCUAGUUUGCUGCGGCUGAAGCCACGGGCCUAGGUAUGGUGCCCCCUGCACCAUCAAGGGGAUGGCCUCAGGAAGCCACUACACCAGAACUAGGGAAUACAAGCCUCUCGUGGGUCAGGACUACGUUGCCAGUGGAGGCCCAUCCUCAAGCAGAAUGAUGCUUGGGUAGCCAUGUGAACAGGAGCAGGGGCACCAAAUCCUGGCAUUUGCUUACCGGGGGUAGCAUCUGGAUGCACAGUCUCAAAUUGCUAAGUGACUGGAGGGCUGUGGUCGGCCUGGCUCAACUCUUCUUCAUGUCCAUCUCACAGCCAGUGUUGGAGUGACACCCCUUAGUGACAACAUCCCACGAGUUCUUCCCUCGCUCCUUCCAAGGGAGGUGAUUUCCUGAGUGUUGGUGGGAAAACAGAGCAUUGGCCUUAACAGGACGAGACUCCAUCCUCUUUCUGCCCCUUGCUGGGUGACUCUAGGCAGUCCCCCUCACGUUGGGACCUCACUUGGCUCCUCUGGGAUAAAGGAGAGCAAUAACUAGCUAGCAUCCAGGGCAGGUGGACCGGGAGCUGAGUGGGUUUGGUUGCAUGCAUGCACCACAGAUGUUAAGGUUAUGAUUGUUGUGGUUGCAUCAGACCACAGGUCACAUUUCCCCAACUCUCCCAUUGGUGUUUCGCUGGGGAUCGUCCCAUUCCUCAUCAGUGCCAGACCCCGAGGAUAGUGUGGCUGCUCUGUAAGGGGAUCCCUGAAGAAGGCCCCCGUGGGGAGUUUCUCCUCUCCUUGUACUCUCAUCCUUUCCCUUCCCCAGGACCCCCCACCCCCCGCUGCAGCAGCAGCCCCCCCCACCUCUUAGCAUCUCAGCAUCCCGGGUUGCUUAGCCCGGCCUGGCCAGCUGGCUAUGCUGGCAUUGUCCCUGGUCUGCUGGCGAGCUAUAAAUAGCUCCUGCACCCACGGCCUUGGCAAGGUGCUCCUGGCGUGGGUGCAGAGGACACUGGAGAAGAAGCAGCUGAGCCUGCUGUCCUUGCCAGGCCAGGCCCACAGCUGGCUCGAAUGCGAAGCAGGAGUCUGCACCACGAGCUCAUGGGCCUGGCUGCCCUGCCCUCCAGCCAGACACACCAGGCUCCCAGCCCCAGCCCAUGGACCUGCGCGUGGGCCAGCGGCCCACAGUGGAGCCCCCACCAGAGCCUGCGCUGCUGGCUCUGCAGCACCCCCAGCGUUUGCACCGCCAUCUCUUCCUGGCCGGCCUGCAACAGCAACAGCGUUCGGCUGAGCCCAUGAGGCUCUCAAUGGACCCACCAAUGCCGGAGCUUCAGGGGGGACAGCAGGAACAAGAACUCCGGCAGCUUCUCAAUAAAGACAAGAGCAAGCGAAGUGCCGUAGCCAGCAGUGUGGUCAAGCAGAAGCUGGCUGAGGUGAUCCUGAAGAAACAGCAGGCAGCCCUUGAGAGAACAGUUCAUCCCAGCAGCCCCAGUAUUCCCUACAGAACUCUUGAGCCCUUGGACACAGAGGGUGCUGCCCGCUCCAUGCUUAGCAGCUUCCUGCCUCCAGUUCCCAGCCUGCCCACUGAAGCCCCGGAACACUUUCCCCUUCGUAAAACAGUGUCUGAGCCCAACCUGAAGCUGCGCUAUAAGCCCAAGAAGUCCCUGGAGCGGCGCAAGAAUCCCCUGCUCAGAAAGGAGAGUGCCCCACCCAGCCUUCGGCGGCGGCCUGCAGAGACCCUUGGAGAUUCCUCCCCCAGUAGUAGCAGCACGCCUGCCUCGGGGUGCAGCUCCCCCAAUGACAGCGAGCACGGCCCCAACCCUGCCCUGGGCUCAGAGGCGCUCUUGGGCCAGCGGCUGCGGCUGCAGGAGACUUCUCUGGCCCCGUUCGCUUUGCCGACAAUGUCCUUGCUGCCCGCAAUCACACUGGGGCUGCCUGCCCCUGCCAGGGCUGAUGGUGACCGCAGGACCCAUUCGACUUUGGGCCCUCGGGGUCCUGUUCUGGGGAACCCUCAUGCUCCUCUCUUCCUGCACCAUAGUCUGGAGCCGGAGGCUGGGGGCGCCUUACCGUCUCGCCUGCAGCCCCUUCUCCUGCUGGACCCCUCAGUCUCCCAUGCCCCACUGUGGACUGUGCCUGGACUUGGGCCCCUGCCCUUCCAUUUUGCCCAACCCUUACUGACCACCGAGCGGCUCUCUGGGUCAGGCCUCCACCGGCCACUUAACCGGACGCGCUCAGAGCCCCUGCCCCCCAGCGCCACUGCCUCCCCUCUGCUGGGCCCCCUGCAGCCCCGCCAGGAUCGCCAGGACCGGCUCAAACCUCAUGUCCAGCUCAUCAAGACAGCCAUCUCCCCUCCCCAGAGGCCUGCCAAGCCGAGUGAGAAGCCCCGACUGCGGCAGAUUCCCUCAGCUGAGGACCUAGAGACAGACGGUGGGGGAGUGGGAGCUGUGGUGAACGAUGGCCUGGAACACAGGGAGUCAGGCCACGGGCCUCCUCCUGAGGGCAGAGGCCCUGUUUCUCUGCAGCAGCACCAACAGGUGCCGCUCUGGGAGCAGCCGCAUCUCGCUGGGCGGCUCUCCCAGGGAAGCUCCGGCGACUCUGUGCUGCUACCUCUGACCCAGGUGGGACACCGGCCUCUGUCCAGAACUCAGUCUUCCCCAGCGGCACCUGUCUCCCUGCUGAGCCCAGAGCCCACCUGUCAGACCCAAGUCCUCACCAGCUCAGAGACACCCACCACAGGGCUGGUCUAUGACUCGGUGAUGCUGAAGCACCAGUGCUCCUGUGGAGACAACAGCAAGCACCCCGAGCAUGCAGGUCGCAUCCAGAGCAUCUGGUCCCGGCUGCAGGAGCGGGGUCUCCGCAGCCGGUGUGAGUGUCUCCGAGGCCGAAAGGCCUCUCUGGAGGAGCUGCAAUCAGUCCACUCUGAAAGGCAUGUACUCCUCUACGGCACCAACCCCCUCAGCCGCCUCAAACUGGAUAAUGGGAAGCUGACAGGACUCCUGGCACAGCGAAUGUUUGUGAUGCUGUCCUGUGGCGGGGUUGGGGUAGAUACUGACACCAUCUGGAACGAGCUGCAUUCCUCCAAUGCAGCCCGCUGGGCUGCAGGCAGUGUCACCGACCUUGCAUUCAAAGUAGCUUCCAGAGAGCUAAAGAACGGUUUUGCUGUGGUGCGGCCCCCAGGACACCACGCAGAUCAUUCUACAGCCAUGGGCUUUUGCUUCUUCAACUCCGUGGCCAUUGCCUGCCGACAGCUACAACAGCAAGGCAAGGCCAGCAAGAUCCUCAUUGUUGACUGGGAUGUCCACCAUGGCAAUGGCACACAGCAAACUUUCUACCAGGACCCCAGCGUGCUGUACAUCUCCCUGCAUCGCCAUGAUGACGGCAACUUCUUCCCAGGCAGUGGGGCUGUGGAUGAGGUGGGGAUUGGCAAUGGCGAAGGCUUCAACGUCAAUGUGGCUUGGGCUGGCGGCUUGGAUCCACCCAUGGGGGAUCCCGAGUACCUGGCUGCCUUCAGGAUAGUGGUGAUGCCCAUUGCCCGAGAGUUCGCUCCAGACCUGGUCCUGGUGUCUGCUGGUUUUGAUGCUGCCGAGGGUCACCCAGCCCCAUUGGGUGGCUACCAUGUUUCUGCUAAAUGUUUUGGGUACAUGACACAGCAGCUGAUGACCUUGGCAGGAGGUGCAGUGGUGUUGGCCUUAGAGGGUGGCCAUGACCUCACAGCCAUCUGCGAUGCCUCUGAGGCCUGCGUGGCUGCUCUUCUGGGCAACAAGGUGGAUCCCCUUUCAGAAGAAGGCUGGAAACAGAAACCCAACCCCAAUGCCAUCCGCUCUCUGGAAGCUGUGAUCAGGGUGCACAGGAAAUACUGGGGCUGCAUGCAGCGCUUGGCCUCCUGUCCAGACUCCUGGCUGCCCAGAGUGCCAGGGGCUGAUGCAGAAGUAGAAGCCGUGACCGCACUGGCAUCACUCUCUGUGGGCAUCCUGGCUGAAGACAGGCCCUCAGAGCAGCUGGUGGAAGAGGAAGAACCUAUGAAUCUAUAGGGCUUCAGAACAGAUCUCCUGCUCUCCAGACGUGGCUCUCCUCACCUGUGGUCAGCCCUGUUCCUGUGUCUGCAGACAUCCUCUGGGCAGGCAGUCAGGUCCAGAGCACAACCUACCCUGAAAGCUACCCCAGGGAACUUGACAAGGCCACUGGGUCUGGGAUGGGAACCAGGAAGGAUCCUGGGAGGAGGCAAGCUGGGCACUAGGGCCCAGCUAGGCUCUUCCAGAAUGGAUCGAGCCCUCUGGUGUCCAGGCCCCUAGCUAUGGCCUCUAUCCCUCAGGAUUGCACAGUAGAGGACUGGUUCAGGAGGGCCCACCACUACCACUAUUCCUAACUCAGAAGACCCCAGAUUUUGCACACUGCCCCAGGCUCCAUACAGAAAUGUGAACUUGGCUUAAGCCAGGGCGGCCCUUCCCAGGUUCUGAAGGGCUAGGGGAGUAGGAGGAGCCAAGGGGUCCCCUAUUCCUGAGGACAGGAGAGUUCCUCUCACCGGCUUCCUUGGUUGUCUUCUGGUAGCACUGGGCUCUGAGAGCCAUUCUGAGCUGCUCUCUCCCUGUGACUUGUCACCAGCAAGCCUCCCAUCUGGUCCCUGUCCUGCCAGAGGCCACCCUAUGUGGACCAUCUCAGUGCCCUGGUGCAGCAGACAGAUCCUCUGUGAGCCCUGUGCUUCCUGACCCAAUGGUGCCAAACCUUCAUCUCCCCUUAAAAGCACAGCACGAUCCCAGGGAUGCAUGGCCACUGCUCCCAGUAUGAGCCUGCCUUCUGUUUCUGGGGUGCCCCCACCUCAGUUCUGACUGCUGCCCCACAUAGGACUAGCUUGACUGAGGCGGGAUGUGGUGGGAGAGUAGACAGAUAUGGGGGAGGGGGGCCACCCCAGAAGUCUUCAAGGCUUUUGAGGUCUAGGCCUGGGGCCAAGAAAGAGUAUUUGUGUGUGUGUGUGUGUGUGUGUGUGUGUGUACAUAUGUGCGCGUGCAAGAGUGUGUGCGUGUGUGUCUUCCCCAAGACCUGCCAUACCUUGUGUAUGUAUGCAUGUUUUUGUAAAAAAGAAAAAAAAAAUGGAAAAAAAACCUGAACAAUAAAUGUUUUAAUUUGCUUUAAA